AUGGAACAGGAAACAAGUCCAACUCGGAGCCGUGGAAGAGGUGUGGAUGCUGGCGGAGGACUGGAACCAAGGACGACGGGAUCUUCAACAGCUACAGCUACAGCUACAGGCACAUUCACACUCCUCCUCUUCGCCUCGGCAUCCACAUACGCCAACAACGUCGAGACAAUGGUCCUUCCGGCGCCGACGACCUUGCGGUCUGUGUUUCGUGGUCUCGAGACCAGGUUCCCUGGAUUCACGGAGAAAGUGCUGAAAAGUUCGGCGGUCACGUUUAAUCUGGAGUAUGUGGAUUCACUGGAUUUGGCGGAUUUGGAUGUGCAGAGGGAUUCGAGAUUGGUCGGUGGGAGGGAUGAUGGGAGAGAUCGACGAGAAGACGGAAAAGAUCAAGAAGGUUCGGGUGUCGGGUUGGAUAUGGUGAUUUCUCCGGGUGAUGAGGUGGGCAUCAUUCCGCCUGUGAGUAGUGGGUGA